AACGCGGUGAUAAAUAAUGGCCGCGCUAUCGCCCUCGAGUCUCGCCGCUCUCCCGGACUCUCUUCUGCUCCAGAUUCUGGCCUCGCUGCCGCCGCGUGACCGAAUAGGCGUGGCCAGAGUCUGCAAGCGGUGGCAUCGUUUGGUGCGGGACAAGUUGUUGUGGCGACACGUGGACCUCUCUUCUUGCAGGAUAUCCUCCAAGAUCUUAUGGCAUCUUCUGCGGAACUAUCUCCGAGGCAGCUUGCGGACUCUGAAGCUGCGAGGAUCCCUCCUGUCCUUUCGGAAGCAAGUACUUACCUCAGCACUGAUGCAGGCUUUGGGCAAACAAUGUCCCAAACUCCACCAGUUGAGCUUGAUGGAGACAGACCUCUGUUCACUCCAGUAUGACUGUAUGCCCUCCUCUCUUACCACCCUGGAGCUGAGAUACUGCGAGAUCCCUUUUGUGUGGUUCCAAGUGCCAGAGACCUCCAAGAUCUGCACUUUCCCAAGAAUCCAAGAACUUGCAAUCUGGAAUGUCCCUUCUUUUUCCAACCAGCACCUAUUCAGUAUCGCCACCCAGGGCACUCUCAAGACUCUUAUCCUUUCAGAAGUGUACCGUGUAACAGAUGUGGGGAUCCAGACAGUAGCACCACAUCUGAAAGACCUUGAGCACCUUGCCUUGCUCCAGUGUAGCACUGGUGAUUCAGCCAUGCACUUCAUUGGGCGCCACAUGAAGCAACUGCACCACUUAGAUCUCAGGAGCAAUUCUUUGACAGAUGUAGGUCUUCUUUGCUUAAGUGGUUUGCCAAUCUUAGAGGGCCUUUGUUUGAGAGACUGCAGCCAACUUUCUCCAGAAACCAUUUUAAUUGUUUGCCAGUCACUCCCCAGCCUGAAGCAUCUUGAUUUAAGUAGGAUAGACUUUGAAGACAAAAUGCUCCAAAAGAUCCAGAUGGGUUUGCCAAGCUGCAUAGUGGCAAACACCAUCUCUUGCACAGAUUCCAGUGUAAUAUCUUAGACAAUAGCAAAUUUUCCCCAUGAAUGUUAUUCAGAGGUCAAAAGAUGGCAGCUCAGGGAUACAUCUCAGCAGCUUUUUAUCCUUACAGCCCAAAUGUUUGUAGUAGGCUAAAAAUGGAACAGAUCAGACAAAACAAGUAUCACAUCUCAAAGGCCAUUAGUUUAAUUGUUGUGCAAAUUAUAUGGCCAAUGUUUGUACUGCAAAUGUCCUGCUUUUGACAUAAUUCAAGCAUAAAGAAUCCAGUGCCUUCCAAAUUUUUGAUAUACCCCCCUCCAACUCCCAUCAGUUCCAGCUAGUACAGCCAGCUGUGAACCGUAAUGAUAAAUGUAUCCAAAAAUACCAGGAGGGUCCUAAGUUCUAAACUGUGGCAUAGAAAGUGAGUAGGAGAGAUUAACUAUUAAAAGAAUGUGUGUACUGCAGGCAUAAGAUGUUAUUGGACACGUACCAUUUUAAAAGCACUGAGCAAAUCUCUGAACAUCUAAACUAGGAUACAGCCUCUAUUCUGAUAGAGUCCAUUCCUCCUCCUGGAUGACUCAAAGAGUUGAUAUCUUUUAACAAGCACAAAAGUUAUAUCUACAAAAUUGGUGCAUGACUGCCAAGACUGCCCACAUUUUAUUGUUUUUAAACACCAGCCUAUUUACCUGAAAUCUGGCACAAGAAGUUUGGGUUUUUAAAAAUAAAUUAUCUGAAGUUUGUAUUCCACAUUAUUUUUUCCAUAAAUUCGGACAUGGAUUAGCUUCCAGACAGGAGUUAUGUUAUGGAUAUCCCAUCAAAUGCUCCAUAAAAAGGGUAUACAUGUAGUACCUGACGUCUCAAGUGCAUGCAGAAGUCUUGGGAGCAACCUGUAGAGCCCACUCUAAAAGUUGGAAUGUGUGGUUAGGCUUAAGGUGACAGAAUGGAAAAGUUAUUCAAUACUUAGGAAGUAAUGAAAUUGUGUUGAAUUAUCUUUAAAUUUAGAUUUAAUUUCUGUUCUGGUCCCUUGGUCUCACCUACCUUUUGGGAUACAGCCUGGGCAUUUCACUCAAAAGCCAAAUGUGAUCCUCAGAUUAAAGAAAAAGUGGACCCUUGUACUAUCUGACCUGAAAUUAGAACAAAUAGAGUGAGCCAUCAUUUUAUAUUAACUAUAUUUGCUGUAUUACCCAUGAAAUGCCUUUUGUUUUCCCAUCUUGCAUUUUCUUUGUUCCCAACCACCUUUGCAGCAUUGUAGUACUGAUCCAGCUUCCCCAUUUCAGUAGCUUGGCUUUCAUUAGUGUUACUGCCAGCAGAUGAUAGAAACAGCCAACAGCCUUUGGCUGUUGUGGACAGUGCCUGGAACACAUUGAGCCAAGCAGAGGUGGAAAAAUUCAUAGAGAUACCACCAGAACUCUUAUUUCCUGCAUUUCUUAACCCUUUUCUCCCAUUAAAAUCUAUGAGUAGCUAUAAUCUUGUCCAACGAUUUCAUGCAAUAACUGAUGCUAUACUAUUCUGUUCUUGUAGUUCUUGAAUGGUGAUGGGAACCACAGAUACAGUUGGGUUUUCUUACAUCUCCUUCUAGAUUCCAGCUUUCAUUUUGAACACAUUAAACUAUGCAUUCAUAAGCUUACUGAACAGAAUGAAUCCCCAAAUCUUCACAUUAGUUGUAUCAUGCUUGUACCAUAUUCACACUGUCUUUGCCUUUCUUCAUUCUUUCUUUUCACUGCUGACUGCUGUGUCACUAACUUUUAAAAAAUAAAGU